CAGCCCAGAAAUGUGCAGCCUUUUAGUGAUGAAGAUGCUUCAAUUGAAACUAUGAGCCACUGCAGUGGCUUCAGUGAUCCUGCUAGCUUCACUGAGGAUGGGCCUGAAGUUGAUGAAGAAGCCACUCAAGAAGACUUAGAAUACAAAUUGAAGGGAUUUAUUGAUCUUACAUUGGACAAGAGUGCAAAGACAAGACAAGCAGCUCUUGAAAGUCUGAAAAGUGCUUUUUCUUCUAAAAUACUGUAUGAAUUUAUCAUGGAAAGGAGAAUGACACUGACUGAUAGCAUUGAACGCUGCAUAAAGAAAGGUAAGAGCGACGAACAGUGUGCAGCUGCCGGACUGGCAUGUCUUCUGUGUGUGCAGAUGGGGUCAGGAAUUGAAAGCGAAGAGAUUUUUAAGACCCUUGGUCCAGUUCUGAAGAAGAUUGUCUGUGAUGGAACAGCCAGUAUUCAAGCCAGACAGGCUUGUGCAACCUGCCUAGGGAUUUGCUGUUUCAUUGUCACUGAUGACAUUACGGAACUGUACUCUACUAUGGAAUGUCUAGAAAAUAUCUUCACAAAGGCCUAUCAGCGUGAUAGAGACGCUAAUGGUGUGUCGAGUACCCACAACACGGUGCUUCACAUCAGUGCCCUCUUAGCAUGGACACUGUUGUUGACAAUUUGUCCAAUGAAUGAAGUGAAGAAGAAAAUUGAAAUGCACUUGCAUAAACUUCCAAACCUGCUGUCUUGUGAUGAUCUCAACAUGAGAAUAGCUGCUGGAGAAACACUAGCCCUUCUGUUUGAGCUGGCACGCGAAACAGAUGCCGACUUCUUUUAUGAAGAUAUGGAACUUCUAACAGAGAAGCUGAGGGCUCUGGCUACUGAUGGAAACAAGCACCGAGCCAAAGUAGAUAAAAGGAAGCAGCGGUCCGUCUUCAGAGACGUUCUACGAGCUGUUGAGGAGCGUGACUUUCCUACGGAGAUGGUCAAGUUUGGACCUGAGCGCAUGUACAUUGACUGCUGGGUUAAAAAACAAACUUACGACACCUUCAAGGAGAUCCUGGGGUCGGGGAUGCAGUAUCAUUUGCAGUCGAAUGACUUCCUUCGGAAUGUGUUUGAGCUCGGUCCACCAGUGAUGCUGGAUGCUGCAGCUCUGAAAACAAUGAAGAUAUCCCGUUUUGAAAGGCACUUGUACAACUCUGCAGCAUUCAAGGCUCGGACGAAGGCUAGAAGUAAAUGUCGUGAUAAAAGAGCAGACGUGGGGGAGUUUUUCUAGAUCCCCUUUUCCACAGGAUUCAAUUUUCAUAAUUAAAAUAGAUUUGUCACCUUUAAAUGACUUUUUUUUUUAAAUGUCUGUUGUCAGUUUGCACUUGUGCACAGGGAUAUUGUGUAAAGUCUGUAAAUACCAUGCA